AUGCAGAUCCUAAUCACAUAUAACCACUAUUAUACGGACAACAUCCAGAAAGCCCGUCACGAUAGAGCGAACACCAUCUUAGAGCAUGCCCUUCAAAGCGUGUCGGAUGAUUGGGGCAAGAUCCACGUCAGCAACACGCCUCAUGAUUUGGCGAAGCUCCUAGGCUCCUUGCAGAAUCAUGUUGUCGUGAAUAUGAAGCAACAAGCCUGUGAAUAA